AUGUACUCCGUCGCCCUGCUGCUCGCUGUCUCGUCGGCGCUUUCCGCGCGCACAUUGGCCACCGACUACGCCGGCGGCUGGCUGAACGGCUCGGUCUCCACGGGCCAGUGCGUUGACAUCUGCUCGGCGCCCAGCGCCACGUGCUUGACUAAGGACCCUGCGUGUCUGGCCAAGCAAAAGGUGCCCGGCGACUUCGACUAUCUCGUGCUGGAGCAGCUCUUCGUGCCGCAGUUCUGCCGCGACCUGCUCCGCGCUGCUAGCAAGCUCACGAUCCACGGACUGUGGCCCAACUACGACGACGGCUACGUGAGCUGCUGCAAUCCGAGCGACUCCGUGGCGAAUGACCCCUACGAUGUCGUCAAGUUCGCUGAGAGCCAGGCGACGCUGCUGGCCGAGAUGGGGGACAAGUGGAUUGACGCCUCGCAGAAGUCGACAUACGACACGCUGUGCGAGAUUUACGACCACGAGUUCCAGAAGCACGGGCUCUGCUACGCCGCUCAGGGCGCUGACCUCGAGGCCGCCGCCGUCACCUACUUCAAGGCGACGCUGAGCACGGCGGACCGUCUCAGUGCCGCCACGGAGCAGAUUAACGCGUGGGCGGCACUCGACACGCCCCAGAGCACGUUGGCGGAGAUCCAGGCUCUGUACGACCACCAGGUGAUGGUCUUCUGCUCGGCGGUGAACGGCGAGAACCAGCUCUCGGUAAUCCGCACGUGCUACGAGAAGCCCUCGGACAUCGGCAGCGAAGGCCCCACCACGCAGAUCGACUGCGCCAACGCCACCGCCACGUCCACCUUCUCCGUGUGCUCGGGCGACGAGCCGAUCACGCUGCUGCUGUACGUUGCCCCUGGCUCGACGAGCUCUUCGACCAGUGUCGCGGCUUCAACCAGUGCGUCGGCCAGCUCAGCUUCGCAGGCCACGACCUCGGCUCCGACCUCCGAGCCUACGGUGAGCCCCAAGGCGUGCGCUUAG